AAACCCGGCACUGGAUCACGGUGGAACGCGUCAUCUCCGUGAAAACGAAAGCAAUGCGGAUUAAAACGAAAUUCAACAAACGCUCGCCUCACCUGUGACAAGUAAAGUGAACACUGUAGAUUAGAUUAGACUGCUUUAUUAGCGAUGUUCUUACGGUUUUGGUGCUUUAUCAAGCACGUACAGUCACGUGUAACUGUACGAAUCCAGGCCGGGAUUUUAAAUACCUGAACACAAGCCGUUCUGGGCUCUGAAAAAGGACAUUUUCAAGUUACAGCCGGUCAGAGCGAGCCUUGUGGAAAGGGGGUGUGUUGAAAUUUGGCAAAGGUACGUGCGCAGCGUUCAUUGAAAGUUUUUCUUCUGUUUAAAUGCGUUCGUGUCUUUUCGUUGCUCAGUGUGAUUCUCAGUCAAGACUGCAUUGUUUGGAGCCAUUAAGCUUCCUGUUCGUUGUUUGAAAAGUGCUGCUGAAUCUCCAUCAGGAGUUCUUCAAAGCAGUCAAGAAGAUACAAGGUGCUAGAAACAGAAAAUGGUCCCGAAGACCAGACUUGGAAAACGGUCCCCACUGGGCACCCUGGUGUGUGGUUCCUCAGCAGAGGGCCUGACAGAAAUGGGACCCCAUGGAUGUCCGGAGAGCGGGCUUCACAGAAGCAAGCUUUACCCGGGACAGAAGGUGUAUGUGCACUGCGGAGGCCAAGAAUGUGGAGGUGUGGUUGAACAGCAUAACCACGUGGACAAUGAGGUGUCUAUCUUCCUGCCGCAGCUCAACCAGCACGUUCAUCGCAAGCUGGAAGACGUGUGGACGAGCCCCACGUCCACUUCUACCUCCUCAGUCUCCUCGUCCAUUGAUGUGCCAAGAAGGAGUCCAGAGACAGUGGACAUGGAUGAGAUUAUGGCUGCAAUGGUGCUUACAAGUCUGUCGUGCAGUCCGGUCAUCCAACACUGUGCUCCGGGGAGCGCAACUCAAGCUUCAUGUGGAAUGGAAAAUGGUUGUGGCGAACUGUCUGAUGCUGGAUAUUGGAGCUGUGACCAUGGAAACGGAAGCCCCGCCCCAUCCCCACCCAUCGCGGAGAUCGACAAGAGCGCCCCUCUCGCUGAUGAAGGCCUGGACAUGGAACUGGACCAAAUGUUGUUCAAUGAGCCAACGCCAAGAAAACGCAAAAACUCAGUUAAAGUUGCAUAUCGGUGUUUGUGGCCAAAUUGUGGAAAAAUACUGACCACAGUAGUGGGUAUCAAACGUCACAUCCGAAAUUCUCAUCUUGGGCAAAGUGAUGAGCACUCCCAAAGGGAAGAAGACUUCUACUACACUGAAGUCUAUCAGGACUUGGAACAGACCACUCCCUCUGGUGGCCACCGGCCUUCCUGCACUUCUCCAUCCAGUCCCAGCCGGCACACGCCCCCCUCUCCCUCCACCCCAGAGAUGCUCCAGCCCAGCCCGCUCAGCCAGUCCGCCCCGGGCAGCUUCUGGCAGGUCCAUUCUGAGCACUCUUACCAGGCUCCUCCACCCAUUCAGGUUGUGACUCAGAGCAAACCAGUGUCUGUUCCUGUGUCCUGUCAUUGGACUCCAUCUCUCACAGUUCACCAGAGCAAACAGGGCUCACCAUUCCGCCGUCGUUCAGUAAGUGUUGGUGAACAGUGGCUCCAAAAUAACAACGCCACCUUCAGGCCACAUCCUGCCAGUGUUUCACCUCCAAGAAACCACUGCACUUCAAGGAGGAUUCGGGGCGAAGCCAAGAAAUGCCGAAAGGUGUACGGCAUUGAGCACCGAGACCAGUGGUGCACCGCCUGCCGCUGGAAAAAGGCCUGUCAGAGAUUCCUCGACUGAAUCCUUCUUUAGAUCGAUGGAAACAGAACACUAACCUUGCAGAGACCCUUCAACAGGGGAUCUUUCCUGGAACUAUGGUUGGAAGAAACCAAAAGAGCACCUUUGUGACUUAAAACUUUUUCUACUUUUUAUUACGAUUACGCGUUUUGUGUUUUUUAAAAUGGAACCGUGUUGGUGCUGGAAGAAUGAUAAAGCAAAAAGGACAGCCCCUGCACAACAAACUCCUGCAGUCUUCCUGCAUUUAUACCAAGAACUGAUGAAGUCUAAUCUUCCUUUUACACGCAUUAAACAGCCAUAUACAACAGCAGCAGCCAUAUACUUUUUGUCUGAUGUGGUUUAAACGUGGUGGAAAGUUUACUUAUCAUUCCAACUUAAUUGCUAUGAUGAGACAGGAGGUCUUCACCGCGAUCCAUUGCUUUCAGGGGCAAAAUUGGCAGCUUAUGAUUAAUUGUAGAUAAACAAGAAAGCAGAAUAAGUGUUUCAAUAGCAUAUAACGUUUAUGUUCAUAUAUGCCAUGUUUACCUGCUGAGAAGCAGUUUUUUCUUCGAUUUCAAGUGCAAAAGGAAGAAAAAAGGAUUUUGUAUUACAAUUUUGAUAUUUGCGAUGUGUGAAAUCAUACGUCAUUAUCAGUGUAUUUCUGUGUCACAGGUUAUACUUCUGUGGAUUGAGAUGAUUUUCUGUCACAUCAAUAUUAAGGAAGUAUGUGUAAACAUGCAUGAUCUGAUACAAUUACUCAUUUAGUUUUUGUGCUUCUCGCCCCAGUCUGCUCACUGGCUGUUUGUCUGUUUGGAUUGUGUUCUUGCCAAAGAGAAUCUCAGCAAGAUAAUUCUUCAUAUACAUCUCUGCAAAAUAAUGUGAAAUGAAUCUGUUGACCAUUUAUGAGAAACUUGUAACCAGCUGUUUUGAUUGGUUCGUACUCUUAAUACUGGGUCCAAAUAUUUUCUUACAUUGUAUAACACUUCCAUACAUCAUCUUUUUUUGUUUAUAUGUGUAGCUCCACAUCGGCAAAGCUUGAUGUUUUGACAACAUAAAACUGAAUGUACCUUACCCUGCAAAUCUUAAUGCAUUUCCGAAAGUCAUGGUCAUAGCUGUUUAAGAACAUCCUAGUCUGUCUGAGAGACAUUCGAUGAACCUCAUGGAGAACAAUCUUUUUGUACAUUUUUGUAAAGUACUUCCAAAGUAUUUCCUUUUAUGAAAAGUCAUGAAAAGUCUGAGAUCUGUUCAAGAUAAAAGUAUAAUUUCUUUUCAUGAAACGUAUGUUGCUUCAUGCCUUUUUUAAAUAAACCUUUGUGCAAACAAGUACAA